AGCAAACCGGCACCAGGAGCCGGUUCUACUUCCGGUGGGGAAGGGAAAGGGAAAGCACCACCGGAAGCGAGGAAGAUGCUGUGUAAUCACUGAGAAAGUAAGGGAGGCACUCGCAUCCUAAAAAUGCCGGAUUACCUCGGUGCCGAUCAGCGGAAAACCAAAGAGGAUGAGAAGGACGACAAGCCCAUCCGAGCUCUGGAUGAGGGGGACAUUGCCUUGCUGAAAACUUACGGUCAGAGUACUUACUCCAGGCAGAUCAAGCAGGUUGAGGAUGACAUUCAACAACUUCUUAAGAAAAUUAAUGAGCUCACUGGUAUUAAAGAAUCUGACACUGGCCUGGCCCCACCAGCACUCUGGGACUUGGCUGCAGACAAGCAAACUCUCCAGAGUGAACAGCCUUUACAGGUUGCAAGGUGUACAAAGAUAAUUAAUGCUGAUUCAGAGGACCCAAAAUACAUUAUCAAUGUGAAGCAGUUUGCCAAGUUCGUGGUAGACCUCAGCGAUCAGGUGGCACCUACUGACAUUGAAGAAGGGAUGAGAGUUGGUGUGGACAGAAAUAAGUAUCAAAUCCACAUUCCACUGCCUCCUAAGAUUGACCCAACAGUUACCAUGAUGCAGGUAGAGGAAAAACCUGAUGUCACUUACAGUGAUGUUGGUGGUUGUAAGGAACAGAUUGAGAAAUUGAGAGAAGUGGUUGAAACCCCACUACUUCAUCCAGAGAGGUUUGUUAACCUUGGCAUUGAGCCUCCCAAGGGUGUGCUGCUGUUUGGUCCCCCAGGCACAGGCAAGACACUCUGUGCCAGGGCAGUUGCUAAUAGGACUGAUGCUUGCUUCAUUCGAGUUAUUGGAUCCGAACUUGUACAGAAAUACGUUGGAGAGGGGGCUCGAAUGGUUCGUGAACUUUUUGAAAUGGCCAGAACAAAAAAAGCCUGCCUUAUCUUCUUUGAUGAAAUCGAUGCCAUUGGAGGGGCUCGGUUUGAUGAUGGUGCUGGAGGUGACAAUGAAGUACAGAGAACAAUGUUAGAACUGAUUAAUCAGCUGGAUGGUUUUGAUCCUCGAGGCAACAUUAAAGUGCUGAUGGCCACCAAUAGACCUGAUACUCUGGACCCAGCACUGAUGAGGCCAGGGCGAUUGGAUAGAAAGAUUGAAUUUAGCUUACCUGAUUUAGAGGGUCGGACUCACAUCUUUAAGAUUCAUGCUCGUUCAAUGAGUGUUGAAAGAGAUAUCAGAUUUGAAUUGUUAGCACGACUAUGUCCAAAUAGCACUGGUGCCGAGAUUAGAAGUGUUUGCACAGAAGCUGGUAUGUUUGCAAUCCGAGCACGGCGAAAAAUUGCUACUGAGAAGGAUUUCUUGGAAGCUGUAAAUAAGGUCAUUAAGUCUUAUGCCAAAUUCAGUGCUACUCCUCGCUACAUGACAUACAACUGAGCCUCAAAGGCUUUCAAAUGACAACUUCAGUUAGAAUCUUAAGACUUGUUAGUACCACCUCACAAAAAAAAAAAAUAAAUGGUUUAAAAAUUG